AUGGAUGGACUAAAUACUUCUGUGGUGUUUGAAUUUGUGUUGACAGGAUUCUCUGGCUCUUGGGAAACUAAAGUUUUCCUCACGCUGGUAUUCUCCUUACUCUAUAUAGGGAUCAUUCUGGGAAAUCUCUUCAUUGUGAUUUUGGCCAUUUUUGAUUCCCACUUACAUUCUCCUAUGUACUUCCUGCUGGCCAACCUGUCCCUCAGUGACGUGGGUAUUUCCUCUACCACCAUGCCCAGAAUGAUUACAGACCUUUUAGAUGAUUCCAAAGUAAUUUCUUUCCAAAGCUGUAUGGCACAGGCAUACUUCAUCCACCUCGUGGGAGGAGCCGAGAUGGUGUUACUUAUAGCCAUGGCCUUUGACAGGUACACCGCAAUCUGCAAGCCUCUCCACUACUUGAAGAUCAUGAGCCCUAAAGUAUGCAUUUCAUUAGUAAUUGCCGCUUGGGUACUUGGGGUGAUCCAUGCUAUGCUUCAGUUUUCCUUUGUAAUAAAUUUGCCCUUUUGUGGUCCUAAUAAAGUAGACAGCUUUUGCUGUGACUUUCCCAGGAUCAUAAAACUUGCAUGCACAGACGGAACCAAGUUUGAAUUUAUUAUUGCUGCCAACAGUGGCUUCCUGACUAUGGCCACCUUCUUCCUGCUGAUCCUUUCCUAUGCCUUCAUUUUGGUAACUGCGUGGAAACGUUGUUCAGAUUUAUCCAAGGCAUUCGCCACGUUAUCAGCUCAUAUCAGUGUAGUGUUUCUUUUUUUCACACCAUGCCUAUUAAUCUACAUUUGGCCUUUCCCCACAUCAUCAAUCGAUAAGUACUUGUUCGUUGUGGACUUUGCUAUCACCCCGGCCUUAAAUCCUGUUAUCUAUACACUAAGAAACAAAGACAUAAAAGUGGUGAUAAAAAGGUUGAGCAAACCGGGACAUUAUGACAAAUCUUCAGACUGA